AUGCCACGGUAUCUUGAUGUCACCGUCCCUAACGGUGCCACUGUGCAUUAUGUCGAAGCUGGAGACAGCAGCAAACCGACUUUAGUCCUCUUGCAUGGCUUCCCCACUUCUUCAACUCAAUACAGGCUCCUUAUUCCGCUCCUCUCGAAGCAAUACCACAUCUACGCUCCUGAUCUGCCCGGCUUCGGUCUCACCACCGUUCCCAAGGACUACCAACACACGUUUUCUAACAUGGCCACGACCAUAGGACAGUGGCUCGACACCCUUCAGAUCAAAGCAUUUGCAGUGUACAUCUUUGACUAUGGUGCGCCGACUCUGUUCCGACUGGCCCUUGAGCGACCGGAGAGUAUCAAAGCCAUCAUAACCCAGAAUGGAAAUGCGUACGAAGAAGGUCUUGGACCUGAUUUCUGGGCGCCCUUGCAGCAGUGGUGGGCAAGUGGAGAUGCUUCCCAUAAAGAAACACGAGAGAUGAUCUCAGGCGCGGUGCUGAAUGUCAGUCACUUCAAGGACGAAUAUACACUCGGUGUGCCCAAGGACAAUCUGACCAUGGUCGAUCCCUCGGCCUGGACAAACGAUUAUCUCAACAAUGCCUACACGGCAGAGCAAAAGAAUAUCCAGUUGGACCUAUUCUACAGUUAUGGAUCCAAUGUCCAGCUCUACCCUCAAUUCCAGCAAUACCUUCGGGACUACCAGCCUCCCGUACUGGCCGUUUGGGGCAAAGGAGACCCCUGUUUCAUCCCGCCCGGCGCUGAGGCUUACAAGCGAGAUGUGAAGAAUGCAGAGGUGCAUCUUCUAGAUGGAGGUCAUUUCUUACUGGAGACGCAUGUCGAAGAGGUAGCGGACAAGGUCAAGGUGUUCUUGAGCAAGAAUUAUGUGUAG